AUGUCUUCAAACACAACCGGAACUGUGAACAAGUCCCGAGCUGAUAAGCGUCGUGUCGUUUGCUCUAUGCGCCCAGCUAGCAGACUGCGCAAACUAAUAGUGACCCACCCCCGACACAAAAAGCCUCCAGGCCACUCAAUCAUUUCCUUAGUUACUGCCACAUGGAAAAAUCUUGUGAAAGGUUCCCAGACUGACCGAUCUCCUGACCUUUCAUCCGUCCGCCCUCAUGAGAGCGUGCGCAAAGAACUCCCAAUCCAGAAUGGCUCCAAGUCAGAAGAAGAUGUUGAGCCUGUCAAACGGGUAAACCUCGAUGUGCAGACUCCCGAGAAUCAAGACAAGUCGAGCACAGUCGAGUUUCCUAAUGGGAAUACUGGUCAGGUUGAAGGCGGAAGUGAAACCUACACUACCGGCACAAAAUACUAUUUGGAACAUUUGACUGUCCCACCAAAUUCUCCAGACAGAGAAAGUACUGAGAUAAAUCCCAAGGACAAAGCAAGAAUUGAUGUGGCGGACGAGAGAAACUUCAAGCGUCCGGAACUCCCCGAAGAUCACGAAAAGUCGAGCCUUUUCCUACUUCCAUACCGAAAGUGCAACGGAAACAGAGGAAGUUGGACCACAAGUACUGGCCAAAAGUACUACUUCUUGAAUUUGCCAGUUCCGCCAAAUUCCCCGGAGCUAGGCAGUGCUGAGACGGCUCUCCAGGGCAAAACAAGAAUCGAUAUGAUGGAUGAGAGAAACUGGAAACCUCCGAUCGAGUGUCCAUACGUUACUCAAGAGAGAAGAAAGACAAGAAGGACAGCUAAAGAUUCUUCUGCCACCAAAAAGUCUACCAAUCAUCGGGUCAUGCAUCAAAAGUCCCAGGAGACCAACAAGACUAACUCGAUUUUGGAUAUGGACAAGUAUUCUACCAAGUGCAAUGCCUCAAGCUCAGAUAAUUCGAGCUCUGAGACGGAGGAGAGUUUUUAUGUUGCUGAGAGAGCCGCAGCUCUGAAGGCCUGGAAAGCAAAGAAGCAUGCUGUUGCAGAGAGAAAAAAAGCAGAACGCCGACGACCAGCAAGAUCUACCUAUGAAGGAUGA